AUGUUUACCUUCAACCCUUCUUCCAACCCACACCCCAUUUCCUCAGAACUUUCAUCUUCAUUUGACACAUCAUCGCCGGUGUCCGGAACCUCUAGCAGGGUGGCAUUUUCCGACGAGGAGGUACUGCUGGCGGCGAGGAACCCAAAGAAGCGUGCGGGGAGGAAGAAAUACAAGGAAACUCGCCACCCUGUGUAUAGGGGCGUGAGGAGGAAGAACCCAGAUAAGUGGGUUUGUGAAGUGAGAGAGCCAAACAAGAAUAAAAGGAUUUGGCUAGGGACUUUUCCCACGGCGGAGAUGGCAGCGCGUGCACACGACGUGGCCGCUAUGGCUCUGAGGGGCCGGUCUGCUUGUCUUAACUUUGCUGACUCUGCAUGGCGGCUUCCUGUCCCUGCCACAGCCGAGGCUAAGGAUAUUCAAAAAGUUGCUGCGGAAGCAGCAGAGGCUUUCCGGCCACCGCAGAACGAUACUGUUGAGGCGGUGGCAACCACGGAGGAGGAAGAAAAGACAGUGUCGGAGAUGACACAGUUGUUGAGAAAUAUGCCACUCAUGUCCCCAACACAUAGCUUGGGGUUUGAGUAUGAAUAUGCUGACAUGGAUGUUCAAGAUGCUGACGUGUCACUAUGGAGUUUUUCAAUUUAA